UAAGUUUUCCGGCGAAACCCUGGGUGGACCACCAAUGAUGAAACAUUAUUCCGCUCAAGCAAACCCAAAACCUCCACUACUUCCUUUAACUUCCCCUCCUUGCACAACACAUCAAACUCCUCAAUCGUCACGCCGUCUUCGUCCGGUUGAGUACAAUUCAUCCCAUUACUCUGAAAUGAACCUGCUGGUAGAAGUAGAUCAACCAGGAAAUCAACUCAACAAUUACAUUACAAAACUAAAUAUAAUUAUAUCCCAAAAAGCAGCCUCGAUUCAACAACUCCAAUUUCGUUCGAUUUUAAAUUUCGUUCGAUGUGGUGCAACAGUUUCAGACAUGUGUCAACCUGCUUAUAGCUUUUGCCAGCAAAUUUUUGAGGAUAUACUAUCUUUAACAGACAACGUAAAUUACUAUGAUAUAAGGAAGAAAUGUGAUAGGGAGCUUUCUAUGCUUAAUGAUUGGAUGAGAAAUCUUGAAGUUGAGAUUCCAGCACUUUUGGAAGACAAGAUUCAAUUGCUUGUGUAUGCAGGAGAAUAUGAUCUUAUUCGCAACUGGCUUGGGAAUUCGAGAUGGGUGCAUGCCAUGUCAUGGUCUGAUCAGAAAGAUUUUAUUUCAGCUUCAAAUGUUUCGUUUAUAGUCGACGGAAAAGAAGCUGGCAUUUUAAAAAAUCAUGGGCCUUUGACUUUUAUUAAGGUUCAUAACCCUGGACACAUGGUCCCUAUGGAUCAACCAAUGGCUGCAUUAAAGAUGUUGGAGUUGUGGACCACAGGGAAGCUACUUCCACCCAACAAGGGUGUUGGUGCGGGUGCACCUGUUUGA